UGUAACUGAUACAGAAUAUUAUGUAAGUUCAAAGUUCACAGUGUGAUGAUUUGGUACUCGAAUGUACUGCAAAGUGAUUAACAUGAUGAAGUACCACAUCCCUCACCUCACAUAACCACAUGUAUUUAUUUUUAAGGCAGUUGUAGCAUGUCAGAUUCUUUGCCCUGUGUCUGGUGAGACAUACUUUUAGGAGUUGUUCUCAUUAAGCAAUGCUCCAGAUUUGCUCACUUUAAAGACUCCAUCCUUUUUAAUAUUGAUUUAUAGCGAUGCUUGGAUAUUUAGGUGAUAAAUAAAUGAUUGGCAUCUCAAUUUUGUGGGAAAAAAAAUGAAUGAGAUCACAGAGGAAAAAAGUUGAUCCAAAGUAUCCAUGGACAGAAGAAUCUGGGCUAUCAAAGUAGCAAAUGUAUUUAGCCAUGGACUUAAAACACUUUUUACUGUGAAAGUAACGCCAGUACAGAAAAACAUGCUGCGCGAUGGUGUAGGACGACACGGACACUCAUAGGUACCGCCCAAGUAAAGCCUCUCAGCCCACACCCAGAUGUUUCUGCUGUCCUGACUUUUAUGCUAAUCACUUGCUGGCUUGUCUUCUUGGUUUUACCACUUGCAUCCCUACCACGGCUUACCUUUGCCUGUUUUUUGAGCUUUCUAGAAAUGGAGUCAUACAGUAUGUGCUCUCUGGGGUCUAGUUUCUUCCAUUCAGCAUUGUAUUGUGGCCCACAAUUAUGGAGUGAAUGCAGGGUGGGAAUGAGCUGCAAAGUCCAUUUUUUAGACGAUCAAAUUAACAACUCCCACUUAUCGUAACCCUAGAAAGUUACAGGUUUUAGGUUAUUACUUGAGUUCUUAGGGGGACCUUAGAAUUAUAAUGAGACACAUGAAGUAUUUAAGAAUCCUAGUGCUUGGUACCCCAUCCUCCCAAAAGGAAGAGUCACUGCCCUGUUUAUGCCAUUCCAGAAAGAAAACACUUGCGCUGGAUGCAUUUCCUGGGAUGUGACCUGAGCUCAAGGCUGUCAGCCAGUCCUGCCCAGAAGUGCCACUUUCAGAGUCUGGAGUUGAUGAAGUAUUUCAAGCUAAUGGAGUGGGUUUUCUAGAAAACUCCUUAGAGAUAAAACCCCUCAUGUGGCCUUUGUCAAUAUGCUGUUUGAGACAGAGAGAGAUACGCAGAAACUGAAAAUGCCCGGCCGAUUUCUGUCCCUCCUUUUCCUGCCUGUGUGCGCCUCCGCCUGAUUCUGGUGAUGUGAUAACUCAGAGAGACAGCGCCGUCCAAGCCUGCCUUCUGCGAGACCCGCCCGGCCCAGGACGGGAGGCACAGAGCGCGGGAUGGCCAGUCAGCCGCCAGAGGCGGCGGCCGAGUCUCAGGUCUCGGACGAGCUGGAGUGUAAAAUCUGCUACAACCGGUACGACCUCAAACAGAGGAAGCCCAAGGUGCUGCAGUGCUGCCACCGGGUGUGCGCCAAAUGCCUGUGCAAGAUCAUCGACUUCGGGGACUCCCCGCACGGCGUCAUCGUCUGCCCUUUCUGCAGGUUCGAGACGUGCCUGCCGGACGACGAAGUCAGCAGCCUGCCCGACGACAACAACAUCCUGGUGAACCUGACCUGCGGCGGCGGCAAGGGCAAGAAGUGCCUGCCGGAGAACCCCACCGAGCUGUUGCUGACCCCCAAGCGGCUGGCCUCGCUGGUCAGCCCUUCCCACGCGUCCUCCAACUGCCUGGUCAUCACCAUCAUGGAGGUGCAGCGGGAGAGCUCGCCGUCGCUCAGCUCCACGCCCGUGGUCGAGUUCUACCGGCCCUCCAGCUUCGACUCGGUGACCACCGCCGUGUCGCACAACUGGACCGUGUGGAACUGCACGUCCCUGAUCUUUCAGACGUCCGUCCGGGUGCUGGUGUGGUUGCUGGGCUUGCUCUACUUCAGCUCCUUGCCCUUGGGCAUCUACUUACUGGUCUCCAAGAAGGUCACGCUGGGGGUCGUCUUCGUCAGCCUGGUCCCCUCCAGCCUCGUCAUCCUGAUGGUGUACGGCUUCUGCCAGUGCGUCUGCCACGAGUUCCUAGACUGUCUGGCACCGUCCUCUUAAGCGGACUGGUGGGCCGAGAGGUCCGACACCCCUUGCCACGUGUCCAGUUAGGUCACUUAGCCUUUGUUUUCUAUCCCAGUCUCUGUGAUCGGCGCCCAUGGCGUGAACAGAGCCCCUGGGCAUAUGUCUGUGGUCCGUUUUCCAUCCAAAUGUUGACUGGGUGGGUUUUCCCGUAUGCUGGAAGUAACAUGUGCGUUCCUACUUACGUGUUAGCAAAAAAAGAGACAGGGACCAGCUCAGCCUUCUAGGGCUUCUCUCCUGAGUCUUCCCAGAGACAGGGCAGCCGCCACUCAGAGCUGCUCGACGGACCCCGGGGCCUGACGUGUUGUGCUGCGGCAGCCGGAGUCUUUGUGGAGGGUUAGGCAUGAACUGGCUCCUCUUCUCAUCAUCUUAGCCUGGUAUGGAGGGUAGACUCAAGAAGGGGGACAGCCCCAGGGCACACUCGUUUGCACAGUGCACACCCCUGCCCCCGGCCCACAGUUGGCAUGUCCCUGGAUCCUUUCCAAUUCAGAUGCUGGUCCCUCCGUGCGUGGUACUUGCCAAGAGGAACCCAGCCUCUUGCGUGGUUUCAGUUAUAAGCCUGUUUUGUCACAUUACUGUAGAGAGUUUAAAACGCCAAGGAAUCUGCAUCAGUAAACCUCAAGGCAGAGUGUGGCCACUCAUUUUGGACACACACCCUUUUUUCCUCCGUGUUUUUUUCCACUCUCCAGGUUUCUCUGAAAUUCUCUCAGAGCAGUUAUUUGUUCACGGAGACCCAAUUUGAGCUUUUCCUUAAAGCAUUUUAGUUUAGUUUCUUCUUUUUUUUUUUUAAAACGAGGUUGUUCAUUCAGCACCAUCCUUUAUCCUGGGUGGGGUUCCAUUUAAUUAGUUGCUAUAACUAUAUGUGGAUUUCAAUUAAUUUUUCCCAUUUCAUUUUAAAUUCUAGUAUGGACUCACUUAACUUAAUCCUGUAACAAUUUGGCGUAAAUGUGGCAGUGAAAACCCAGGAACAAUUCAGGAGCUGUUCCAGCUCAUGGUUUGAUGUGCUGAGAACUGGAGUAUUUUGCUGUGUUCUAAUGAGCUAUACCAAAAUAUAAUGGCUUAGGUUUAUGUGCAGUAGCUCAGGCAAAAGGAUGGGCAAGAGAGAUGUCAAGCUGAUGCCCUUCAAGGGAGUCUAUAACAAAAUGGAAGGGCAGAGUGCAAUCUACCAUUCUGCCAUCCCUGUUAAAUCCCUUUUAGAAUGGAUUCAAGUUCUCAUGCAAUUUAUUUCAAAUAAAAGCAUAAGCUUAUGUGACUUGAGUUAAUGAACUUCUUUUCAUGAGGUAGGGGACAUUGAGUGUAUAUAUUUAUGAGAAGAAAUUGGUUAGCAGAUUUUAGAUUUGAGGGAAUAGAAUGCCCACAGAAAGUAGCCCUCCCCCCAGAAAAAAAGCUUUUUUAGCUUAAAACUCAUUACUGAUGAUAAACAUUUAAAUAUUCAUAACUCUUAGAAAAGGGCAUUACUAAGGCUACUUAUUUGUGAUGAAACAUUUAUUCAGUGAAAGACAGUGGACCAGUUCCAAUCUCUCUGUUCAGGAAAAAUUGAUACUUUUCUAAACAGUAGUUUGAUUUUAAUUCUGUAACUGUUAACUUGGAGACUAUGUAUGCCCCGGGUAAAUAUGACUGGAAAGUAUAUGUGGGAUGUGGCCCAAUGAAUUUAAGCCCUGAUGUAGCCUAAUACACUUAUAAUUUCCCGAAAUCUAGUUUAGAUGGCAUUGUGAAUGCAAUUUCCAAAUAUCCAUUUGUACUUAGAGUAAGUAAUAUUUAGGAGGUGUUUUGUGGUUUGGAUUUAUGUAUUUAUAAGGUUUUUUAAAAACCGUUCAUUUUGCCUGAAAUGUAACAUCAGAUGAAUUGGUGAGUUGUCAGAGGGUGAGAUUUCUAGAAGGCUCUGGAUGUGGGCACUAUGUAUUUUGCUUAUUUGUGUAAGGUCCGCAGUGCUUAGUUUGUGCCUCUGUAUUGCGGUAGUCUUUUUUUUUUUUUUUUCCGGUUGCCAGUAAGUUAAUUUGGUGUUAACCAGUUUUAAAUGUAUGACAACAAAAAACCCUUCAUGAUGUUGAAUGAAAAAAGGACAGUGCUUCAGUCUUUUAUUUAUUGUGGUGAUGUUUUAUUUGUCCAUUAAAUUGUUAUUAUUUCCAAGCUAGAAGUCUGAUUUUUCUGACGGUUGAAAUUCAAUCAUUUUGGACUUUGUUUAACAUUAGAUAAUUGCACACUUGAGCUUUCAAAGACAUUGAUUAAGCUAAUGCCUUUAUUAUACAAAUAAAGAUUCUAGAACUUUCUGACAAAGCUGAUCUACUUAUCAUAAAAGACCUUCAUGCUUUUUUUUUUUUUUUAAAGAAAAGGACAAAAGUAGGAAAGAUGAAAUCAAAACUUGUCUUUAUAAUAAAUUUUUUUGGUUUUAA